CGUCAUUAUGCCAAUGGGUUUCCCCAGACAAUCAGUGCACGGCAAGCUUAAAUGCGAAAGACCGCCUCCUCAUCUGGCGGAAGUCGAAGGUGAGGUCCAUAGCACUGCACGUGUGCCAUAAGGAUUUCAACAACCAUAGUACAAUCCGGGUAAGUCCUUAUCGAGUGUUGUAUAUUCUUGAGGUCACCCAUGGCUCGACACAUAUACACGCUGGGUUUGAUAGCAGCCCUACAAGGAGUUGUUGUUGGUCAAGGGACACUGCCGCAAGUGGACUUAGGCUAUGAAAUACAUCAGGCCAUCAGUCUUAAUGAAACCACUCAGCUUUACAAUUUCUCCAAUAUCAGAUAUGCGCAAGCUCCCGUUGGCGAGCUCCGGUUUGCCGCUCCUGUGGCACCAGAAGGAAGAAACGAGACACCUCAGAAUGGCAGCGUGGGCAGAAUCUGCCCUCAAGCAUAUCCCGCUUGGGGUCUCAUUGCCACAGAGUUCACACGCGCAUACGUGACUGGCAACUUGUCCUCAUUCAACUUCACCGAGUCCGAACAAGAGCUUCAAGCCUUGUUGGCGAGCGGUGUGAACUCAUCAGAAGAGGAACCGGAUCCACGCAUCUCUGAAGACUGCCUUUUUCUCGACGUCAUCGUACCGAGGACCAUCUUUGAUAAUGCUAACAAUCUUCGGCGUAAGCGUCAAAAUGCUGGUGCUCCUGUGUUGGUCUGGAUCUACGGCGGCGGAUACGUUGCAGGGGAGAAGAACAGCUAUGGAAGUCCGGCCGGGCUGAUCAACGCGAGUCGAGCAGAUGGAGGGGAUGGCAUCAUCUAUGUCGCAAUGAACUAUCGACUCGGCGCUUUUGGAUUUUUGGCUGGGCCUUCGCUUCAAGCAGAAGGCGGGGUCUCCAAUGCUGGGCUUUAUGAUCAACGCCUGGCUCUGGAGUGGGUUCAGGAUAACAUCCAUCUUUUUGGUGGAGAUCCGAAUCAAGUCACCAUCAUGGGAGAAUCUGCUGGAGGUGGCUCAGUCGAACAUCAAAUCACCGCCUUUGGAGGUGAAAGAGGAGUUCCGUUCCAAAAGGCCAUUGUUCAAUCUCCCGGUUUCGCACCUGUGACGUCUCAAUACACCCAGGAGAACACGACACAGGAGUUCCUGGCUCUUCUCAACGUCAGCACCAUCGCCGAGGCACGCAAUCUGUCGUCGGAAGCUGUAAUCCGGGCCAACGCUCUCCAAGUCCUCACCGCAUCAUACAGCAACCUGGUGUAUGGCCCUGUUGUCGAUGGAGUCUUUGCACCAUCUCUCCCGGGCCUCGCACUGGCACGAGGCUCGUUUGCGGAGAAUGUGAGCGUCAUGGUCGGGCACAACACACUCGAGUCACCUUCAUUCAGCCCUCCUUUCGUCCAGACGAACGAGGAAUUAACAGACUUCCUGAGCGAGAUGUACGCCAGCGCGCCGCCAGAGGUGGUCGAGACCUUGGUCACCGAAAUCUACCCAGCGGAAUAUAACGGCACGCAGCCGUACUCCAGCGCCUUGGAACGGACUCUGCUCAUCGUCCAGGAAGGCAGCUUUGUGUGCAAUAACGACUAUCUCAACCGCGGCUUCGACAACCAGACGUAUUCGUACAUGUUCCAGGUCCCGCCUGCCCUCCACGGCCAGGAUGUUGCAUAUACAUUUUACGACGGACAAGGGUCGAACCUGGCAUUGGGGCUGCUCGCGCCCGUGGCACAGGUUUUCCAGGCGAUUCUUGUCAAUUUCGCAAAGAAUGGUGAUCCUAAUGGUCCUGGAGUGCCUAAUUUUCCGAUCUACGGCGAAAACGCGACCAUGCUGGCAAUCAACGUCACGUAUAUCGAACCUCGGCCUGAUAAUACUGCGAAUCCUCGGUGUGCCUGGUGGCAGAAAUCACUAUUAUUCUAAUAAUUUUAGUAGUAGUAGUAGUACGAAGGGAGCA